CAAUCUCGCGAGAUCUCGUUUGAAACGGCGGCGGGAGGGCGAAGGCUCCGCUCAGGCAAGGCCCGGCCCGGCCCGGCCCCGCCGCGAUGCCGCGGAUGCUGCGCACGUACUCGCGGCGCGGAGGGUACCUCCGCGCUCUGCCGCAGCCCGACCGCUGGAUUUCGCCCCCUCAGGACCGCAGGCGGCUCUUCAGCUCCUCCUCGGCCGCCUCCAGCGCUCUCUCCAGUGCCCUCUCCAGCGCCCCCUCCGCCACCUCGGACGACCCCGACUUCUCGCCGCCGAGGAAGCGCCGCCAGAAGCCGUUGGGUGAGCGCCCCGCCCGCCCCCGGUACCUGCGGAGCCGGCGCGGGGCGGAGAAGGAGAACCGGGCCCCGGCCGCCCUCAGCUCCCCGUCGCCCUCCCCGCUGCCGCGCCGCCCCCGCCGCCGCCGCAAGGGGUCGCCCUCCGCCUCCCGCCGCCCGCUGCUCUGCAGCACCCCGCAUUGGGCGCCCCCCGGCGGCGCCGCCCGCCCUCCCCGCAGCCCCGCCGCGCCGCUGCCGGAGCUCAGCACCAGCGUGGAGGGCGGCUCGGCGCUGCAGUGCAGCCCGGAGCUCUUCUCGUCGCACGACGCCUCUCUCGGCAGCGCCGCCAACUCGCCGGGGACACCGCGGGGCGGCUCGGAGCGGCUCCCGUUGUCGCCGCGCGGUCGGAGCGGAAGGGACGGGGCAACGGGAGCGCCCCGCGAGGCAGCACCGGGCGAGAGCUCGGCGCCGGGGCUGCGGUCGCAGACGGCCCGGAGGGUUCCGAGGGCGUCCGUGCGGGAGCCUCCGCACGGAGCCGCAGCCGUCGCUCCCCUCGACGGUGAACCGCGGCGCUCGGCGGUGCGCGGCGCUGCCGGGUCGGAAGGGCCCCGCGGCGACGCGAAGGGCGAUGCGACAGCGGGGAGCCCGGGCCGUCACGGGGGCGCGGCCGAGCGCCGGCUGAUGCCGGUGGUGGUUUUGGACCGAGGGGAGGUGCCGCUGUGGCUGAGCGGCCGGAAGGCAGCGUCCCCUCCGGGCCGCCGAGGAGCCGCGAAGUACCAACGUAAAAGUACCAAACUGAUUCCCGGGGAGGGCAGCACCUGCAGGAAAGCCUGCAUCAGCGGCUUCAGUGCCAGCCGCUGGGGGCGGCAACCGCGGCUCCGCCCGCACAGGCACAAAAAUAAGAGGCAGCAGCAGGCGGGCAGCUCUUUCCUCAGACCACCGUUGAGACGGAGAGCAAGGAGGAAGGGUGUUCAGAUGUCAGCGGGGACGCAGGACGCUGAGUGUUCAUUCCUCAAUAAUUCCCACCACUGGGGUAGAUUUCGAGCAUCUCUGUCCUUCCAUAAGAGAAAGAAAGUGGUCUCAGAUGACAGUUCCUAUGCCAGCAUCCUUUGUAAUCCCUUUGUGAAUUCCCAGCUUUCGGGGCACCAAGCAACCCUGUCUUCUAGUAAGGCUGAGAGCUACGCCUUGUCUGCUUCCUCUGUGAUCCUGCUGGCUCCCAUGAGUUCCUCUUCAGUCCUGGAGGUCACGCUUACGGAUGCAGAGAAGGUGUUUAGGGAAUGCCAGCAGGAGGGACCUAUCACUUUUGAGGAUUGCAUUCCCUUAGAUAAGAUGAAAGACUGCAAGAAAAUCGGAGAAGGGGUGUUUGGAGAGGUUUUCCAGGUCGACAGUGAGAGAGGACCUGUGGCCUUAAAAAUAAUUCCCAUUGAGGGAACGGAAAGGGUGAACGGCGAAGCUCAAAAGAGCUUUGGAGAGAUUCUACCUGAAAUAAUAAUUUCAAAGGAACUCAGUCUUCUGUCUGAAGAGUCCAUGAAUAGGACUGUAGGGUUCAUCAGCUUGUACUCUGUGCACUGUGUGCAAGGGGCUUAUCCUAAAUACCUCCUAAAAGCCUGGGACACAUACAACAAGGUAACAGGGUCAGAAAAUGAUCGGCCAGACCUGUUUGGGGAAGAGCAACUCUUUAUGGUUCUGGAGUUUGAAUUUGGAGGCAGCGAUUUGGAGAACAUGAGAAAGAAACUGAGUACUGUGGCUUCGGCAAAAAGCAUUCUGCACCAGGUGACUGCUUCACUGGCUGUGGCAGAGCAGGAACUGCACUUUGAGCACAGAGACUUGCACUGGGGGAAUGUGCUGGUAAAGAAAACAGAUGCAAAGGAGCUUAACUACGUGUUGAAUGGGUCUACGUGCACAAUCCCCACAGCAGGGAUCCAUGUCAACAUCAUAGAUUAUACCUUGUCUAGGCUGGAAAAAGAUGGGUUAACUGUCUUCUGUGACCUUUCCACUGAUGAAGAGCUGUUUCAAGGCACGGGGGACUACCAGUUUGAUAUCUACAGGCAAAUGAAGAUGGAGAACUCCAACAGCUGGACUGACUAUCAUCCACACAGCAAUGUCCUCUGGCUGCACUACUUGUCAGAUAAACUUUUGAAAGAUGUGGUGUACAAGAAAAAGGAAUCAUCUUCUGCCAUGAGAAAAAUAAAGCAGCAGCUCACGAAGUUUCACAAAGAAGUACUGACUUUUGGGUCUGCCAGUGAAGUUUUAGACAGGAGCAGCCUCUUCCAGUGAGUAAGGGAGUGCAGGGCUUCCUAGAACUGAUGCUGCCCUUCUCCUUUGCUGUUUUUUAUGUACGGUCUUUUAAAUGUUAGCAGAAUGAAGUGUUAACAUCAGUUAGCAGUGUGUACAGUAAACUACCAAACGUGUAAAAAACACACAAAAAAAGUCUUCUGCUCUAGUAUGUUUCCAUAUCUACUGUCUUUGAGGGGUGAGGGUGGAAAGGAAAUGGACUCGAUCUUUGGGAUGAGGGGGAGAUGCCUUCAGGCCCAGUUCAUGUUUUGAAUUCCACUUAGGUUAUUAAAAGUUCUUUCCUCAUUCUA